UUCCGCGAGCUCUGUAUGUGUAAAGAUGCAUUAUUUAUGUUCUAGCAGGGACCGGACAUGACAGGUGUGGAUCGGCGUCUGAAUUGGUUCUUUGAAACGAAUCAACCAAGCGAAUCGAUUCUCCAAAUGGAUCCAUCCUCUCAGCGCUAGUCACAUCGGGGUGUGUGAUCCUCAGCAGAUGCAGAAUAAUUGUGUUAAACAGUCAUCGUUUCAGUGUCUUAACCUUAGAGACACUGUAGCCUCGACUGGUCUUCAUAAAGCCACAAUGUAUUUGUAAUACAAGAAGAAGAAUCAUGUUCGUAAACACGGCAUUAGCCGUUAUUUCUUCAUUGAUUGGAUUGCACGUCACAGGUGGCAUCUCUGUGGACGAUGAGGUUUAUCAGAUUCUGCAUCGGCGCAUGGUUAAUGGAGUGACUGGCCCCGUGUACCAGCACAUGGGUGUUCUCAGUCAGGAGAAAGCUUCAGAAUUUAAUGGGGAAUUGCUUCAGGCGCAGUCUCGUGGACGGGUGGCUAAGCUGAUGCCAGCAGUGUUUUUAGAAACCCAUUUCCAGAGAAGUCCACAGAGGCAAUCAGAUGUCAGCUUCCUGCAAAACAUUGACCAUAUGGAGAACAAGCCUGUAUCUGCCCACGAUACGGUCACAAUGGAGGAAAAUGAUGACAUCGAGUUGUAUGUGUCGUCUGUUGGAGCAUCAGAACCUGUGGCUCAUGAGGAAAUGAUCCGAUUGCUCAACUUCAACACCCUUCAGCACAGCUCUGGGCCGCUCGCCGCCACUGAGGCAUCCACUGAGAAGACUGUUUUCAAAGACCACCAUGAGAAGAACAGCAUCUGGGGUAAAGACGGCUUCUAUGUGCUGCUUACCUGCCUCACAAUAUUCAUCAUCGUCGUCACCUGUUUAAUGGUGCUUUACCGACUAAAGGAGAAGGAAUUCUUGGAUCAUCAGCUUAAAGACCCAUCCCCACCCAGUCUGGACGUGCAGCUGGCACCCAUCCCUGCUCAUGGUGCUCAGCCCCCUCUGACCCUCAAGAACAGUAUGGUCCAGGCCAACCAGACGUCCAAACCCAGUGCCACCCACUCUACCAGCAGCACAAGCACCGCGUCCUGUAACAUCAGCAUCCAUCCGACUCAUUCCAGCGUGACGACGACAGAGCCGCAGUGCCCACCCGGCCACUCUGUGGCUGAGCUCAAACCCACUGUGUCCUCCACACAUUCACCCUUCAGAAUGAAGUCUGUUGCAGGCCUGCAGGAGCGACGUGGAUCUAAUGUCUCACUGGUGCUGGAUAUGAGCGCUUUGGGUUCAGUGGAGCCUUUGAGUAGUGGGGUCGUGACCCCACGUGAGCGUGUAACUCAGGAAUACCUGCAGUCAGCCGGUCGGGUCCUUUCACGGCAACAGCUUCGUGACAUCACACUGAACACACAGAUGCUGCAUGCAGAGUUUGCCGAAAUUCCAAUGAACUUUGUGGAUCAGAAGGAACUGGAUAUCCCAAAUCAUGGAUCAAAAAAUAGAUACAAGACCAUUUUGCCAAAUCCACAUUCCAGGGUUAUUCUGAAGACUAAGAACUCCAACGACCUGCUCAGCAGUUACAUUAAUGCCAACUACAUUCGAGGCUAUCUUAGAGAUGAGAAAGCCUUCAUUGCCACUCAAGGUCCAAUGAUCAACACUGUGAACGACUUUUGGCAAAUGGUCUGGCAAGAGGACUGCCCUGUCAUCGUCAUGAUUACUAAACUGAAAGAGAAAAAUGAAAAAUGUGUUCUGUACUGGCCUGAGAAGAGGGGGAUCUAUGGAAAGGUGGAGGUCUUUGUUAAUAAUGUGAAGGAAUGUGACCACUAUAUAAUCCGCACCCUUAUACUAAAGCAAGGAGGACAGAGUCGUAAAGUACAGCACUACUGGUAUACCUCAUGGCCGGAUCAUAAGACCCCAGAGAGCGCAGGACCCCUGCUGCAGUUAGUGAAUGAUGUUGAGGAGGACAGGAGGGGCUUUACAUCCAGUGGGCCAGUUAUUGUACAUUGCAGCGCUGGAAUUGGUCGGACAGGGUGUUUCAUUGCUACAGCAAUCGGCUGUCGUCAGUUGGAGCUGGAGGGAGUUGUGGAUGUGCUGCGAAUUGUGUGCCAACUCAGGACAGACAGGGGUGGUAUGAUCCAGACUGAGGAACAAUAUGAAUUUGUGCAUCAUGCCUUGAACCACUAUGAAAGCCGCCUUCCUGUGGAGCCUGCACAGUGAACAGCUGGAGGAGCGUCAUUUUUCAUGCCAAGAGAUCUGCUAUUGCCAUGAGGUCUCUGAUUCAGGAGAGAAGGCGACAGAUACUGUUUGUGAUGAUGGAUCUUUUUGUUAUGUGAGUGUCAAGGCAAGGGUUGCACACAUCACACCAUGCCGGGCAAAUCUAUUUUUUGUCUUAACUUUUCAAGGCCACUUGUGUUAAAGUGUAUCAAAAUUCCAUUGUACAAGGUCUAGUUCCACUAAACAGUACACACUGCAAAAAUAAUUUUCAAAGAUGGGUUGCUUCAUUUUAUCUGAAUGUAGGUUUGAAAACAUCAAUUGGGCAUUUUAAAAUACUGAACUGUCUACAUUAUGAAGUAUAAAUGAGGUAAAGUUAAAGUUCUUUAUGUGAUAGUAUGCUAAUCAAAUGUUUCUUUAGAAUACAUAUUCUUUUUUCACUUUUGUACUUUUACACUUUUGGUUAAUGGGUUGUAAGCAUAUUUUUUUUUCUGCUGAUGCCGAACACAAUUUAAAAGUAUUCACACUGUGUUUCCUGUGGUGUUGCUGCUCAAGCUCCAGCACUGCAGAAGAAAUGUUUUGUUUGAGCUGCAGAUUGCAGUAUGAAUUGAAUGUUGAGAGAGAGAAGGACUGGAUGUCUCCGAAUUUCUAUUGCGUUGUCCUUGCUGAAUGCGCAUAACGUCAAACCAACAGCAAACCCUGAACAAAUGACUAUUAUGAGUGGAUUCCUUUAACUAACACAUGGAAUUCAUGAUCAUUUGAAUUGUUCUAGACUCACUAAAUCUGUCACUGAUUCUCAAGGGGAUCCUGAAUUAUCAAGUGAAUUAAAAAAAUAAAAUAAAUAAAUAAAUACAUUGAAUAAAUAUUCAGUCAAGAUUCAAGACCGCUACAAAUCCCAAAAAAAAAAAAAAAACAAUAUCAAACACAUUUGGGAGGUAUUAUGUAAUUAUAGAACAUAUCUCAAAUUAAUGAGAUUUUACUUAAGUGUAGAGGUAAAAUAAUUAUUAAAUAUGAAUAAUAAUACAUACAGUUUUAGUGUGAAUCAUGUUUAUGUAUCCUGGGACCACAAGGGUUUAGCCGCUAAUAAUACUGCAAUUGUUUAUGGCUUUAGGAAUUAAUAUGUUGUAUGAAAUCCAAUAUUUCUAAUACAUUUAUUUUCUAUUGUAUUUAUUAUUCUAAAAAUUAUUAUUACUAUUUCCUGAUACUUUUAUAAACUAUGGUUAUUGUCAGUGUGCACUGUUACGCUAUAUAUUUUCCACUAUGUGGGCUUAAUGUUAGGCAGUCUGUGACUUUCCUAUUUAUGCUUAAUGAUGAUUCAUGUGAAUUCUGUGAAUAAUAAACAAACCAUCAUAACCACAAAAAUAAUAUUUUAAACUGCACAUAUGGAUGCCUCAGACAGUGAGGGUAGUAUAAGCAACCCAAACUGAUAUUGUGAGCUGUUUUUAUAUCAUACUUUGGUUGUGGUAGAAUUGAGUCUUGCGUAUUGGUACAGUAUGUAUAUUAUAAAUGCAUAACUUGGUCCAGAUAAAACUUUAGAAGUUAUGCAGACAGUUCUUUCCAUUUACAUUGUGUUUUCAGUCCUAUAAAAAUGUUAAACCAUCACCUAAAGCCAUAUCUCAUGUUUACAUUUUUUGCACUGCAAGUUCAUCCAAUGUGCUUAUUCUGUUAUUCAGCUCUGUCAUGUGAAAACACGAUUUUGUAGUAUAAUUAAGUAAAACUUAAAGCAAAGUACAGGAAUGACGACUAGUGACUUUAUGGUCAUUUCUGCCAAUAAAUGGACCCUCAGUUGUCA